AAAUUAUUAAAGAGAUAGAGAUCAAAAUGGUUGUGGUUAACAUUGAAAAAAAUAAAGUUUCUAAAAAGGAGCAGGAAAAAACAUGGCCACAAAUUUACGCGGUAUUUAUAAGUACAAUGGUCGGCAUUACCAACGGGCAAUUUUACGCAUGGGCAUCCCCAUUCAUGGUACAAAUAAUUAACGACAAGGUGAAAUACAACAUCACAGAAAAACAGGCAUCUUAUUUUAAUGUAAUAAAUCCAAUAUUUACCUGUCUUAUCUGCCCCUUCUGUUCUAAACUUACCGAUAAUCUUGGACGCAAGAAGACAAUAUUGCUGAUUACAGUACCACAGAUAGCUAGUUGGCUCUGCGCUGCAUUGGCUAAGGAUGUUUACCUGUUCUAUAUCUCACGAGCCUUUGCGGGAAUUGCUGAUGGAAUAUUCCUUGCAGCACUACCUCCUUAUAUCGGAGAAAUAACAACACCUGCAGUAAGGGGCAAGUGGGGAAAUCUUCUUUCAGGCUCCUACUACAUAGGAGAGUUUUCAAUUAAUGUCAUCGGCAGUUACUUUGGGGUUGUCACAAGUUCUUACAUAUGUUUGCCAUUGCCUAUGAUAUUCUUUAUUUUGUUUGUAAUGGUACCGGAAUCUCCAUAUUAUUUAUUGAUCAACGGAAAAGAAGAGAAAGCUAAGAACUCCUUAAUAUAUUUUAGAGGUGAUAAAGAUAUUGACAAACGUUUUAAUCAACUAAAACAUGAUGUUCAGCAACAAAUGUCAGAAUCAGGAACGUGGAAAGACUUGUUUACAAUCAAAAGUAAUAGGAAGGCCUUACUAGCAGCAGUUUUUUUGCGCUUUACACAACACACAUCUGGAUUUAGUGUUUUGAUAACAUUUACACAGUUUAUUUUUCAAAAAUCUGGAGGAAACUUAAGCCAGGAGUUGUCUUCUAUAAUAUAUACAGGCGUCCAGAUGGCUUUGAACUUCAUCGUCGUGACGUUUAUCAUGCAGAGAGUUGGACGGAGAUGCUGCUAUAUGACAAGCACUGGCGGUAAUGGUAUAGUAUUAUUCUUCAUGGCAACCUAUUUUUACCUCAACGAUUAUACUGACAUCGACGUUUCGAGUUUCAAUUGGUUUCCAGUCGCCAGCAUGAUCUCAUAUCAAAUUUUUGCUUCAUUUGGCUUAAACGUUAUUCCCACUCUUAUGAUGAGUGAGCUCUUCUCGGUCAGUAUUAAAUCCAAAGCAAUAGUUUUGGCUGUUUUAAUGUUUGGAGCAGGUGGUGCUGUGGCCAAUUAUUUGUUCUACUCAAUUAACACAAGUGCUGGAUUUUUUACACCUUUCUACGUGUUUGCAGGCUGUAAUAUUAUCACUGCAAUAACAACCUAUUUUAUAUUACCAGAAACAAGGGGGAAAACGCUGGAAGAUAUUCAGCAGGCUUUGAAGAAUGACAAACUAUAUUAGAAAUAAAUAUUAAGAAAAAAAAUUAUAAAUAGAUAUUAGGUUAUUUUUAGUCUGUGAUAAAUUCUAAAGUGUAAUAAAUAUUUUUAAUUA